AUGUUUUUCGGAAGUGUUAGCCAAAGGAUUUCCGAAGAAAUUCACAAGCUGAUCGUAGCGAGUGCCAACGAUUUCGGCGAAGACAUUAUGCCCCGCCGCAGGAGGGGAGGUAACGAGGGUUUAUAGGAAACUAGCACAUGAAACCCGGCGGCCCUUUGUCUAUGGCAUACGUAUCCGUUUAGAGCCGUCGUCUUCUACCGUUCCCGGAACGAGUGGUUUUCCCUGGUUGAAGAGGAUUCGUUUUGUAGACGACCAGUGUGACACCACCGUCGUCGCGUCAUUCACCCGUAGACGUAGGUUAACAAUUCGGGCGGGAAAAAGCGAUGAGAAGUCGAGAAGGUAUAGCUAA